AUAAGGCACUGGCAAUAUCGCCAAAAUGGCGUUGUGCAUUGUCGUGGCAUUGUGAUUGGCAAAUGACGAAUGUCGUUAUUAUUCUAAAGUUUUCACCUUAUUCUAUUUUUGAAUUAUGGAUUAUUUUUAUAGUUGACAUUGUUAUAAAUUCUUUACUUAACUUCAAUAUGAUGAAAACCUACAACAUUUUUGAAAAGUUUUUAUGAUUAACGUAAUGUGCUAGUUUUAAAUUAAUUACUAGUGAUAAAAUGUCUCCAGACAAUUCCAACAAUAAAAAAAUAGCCAGGACAAGACACAUAAAGUAUUUUACAUAUUUUUUGGACAUUCUUCCAGCUCGAAUGUUCAUGUAUGACUCUAUAAGAGUAUCCAUAGCCUUCUUUGCAAUAUCUGGCCUUGAUGUUUUAGAUGCAAUAAAUACACUAGAAGAAUCUAAAAGAAAGGAUAUCUGUGAUUGGAUUUAUAGUUUACAAGUCCUACCAAAUGACUCGGGGGAUUGCAGCUGUUGUGGUUUCCAGGGAAGCUCGACGCUGAUAGCACGUGGCCUCAACUACCAGGCAUGUGGGCACCUGGCCAUGACCUACACCGCUCUCGCUUGCCUCAUAAUCCUGGGAGACGACCUUAGUCGCGUCGACAAAACAGCUGUACUGGCCGGUGUCAGGGCACUGCAGCAGCAAGAUGGCAGUUUUCGAUCGACGAUGGCAGGAAGUGAGAAUGACAUGAGGUUCGUUUACUGCGCGUCGUGCAUCUGUUACAUGCUCAAAGACUGGUCGGGAAUGGAUGUGGAGAGAACAGUAGACUACAUUGUUCAAAGUUUGUCGUACGAUGGUGGUAUUGGCCAAGGACCUCACUCGGAGUCACAUGGUGGGAGUAUGUUUUGUGCGGUAGCCAGUCUUACACUGAUGGGGAGGCUACACACCACAUUCAACUCUAAGCAGUUAGAAGGUUUGAGAAGAUGGGCUAUCAUGCGACAGGAGAAUGGAUUUCAAGGUCGGCCAAACAAAGAGGUCGAUACCUGCUAUUCUUUCUGGGUUGGAGCUACACUUAAGAUGUUGGACAUGUUGACGAGCAUGGAUUUCGUUGAGAAUCGUAGCUUCGUAAUGAGCACACAGCACGAUGUGGCCGGCGGAUUUUCGAAAUUUGUUAAUACAGUGCCUGAUCCACUUCACACGUAUUUGGGUUUGAGUGGUCUAUCUUUAAUGGGAGAGAAAGGACUGCUUCAAAUACAUCCAGCUCUCAACAUAACUGAGAGAGCGUACAGUCAUCUACAGAGAUUGCACGACUCCUGGCCUGAUACGACGUCCCAAUAGUAGUGAAAUUAUUUAGCCAAUCAAAUAUAACUAUAAGACCUACCAAAUACAUAUUAUUAUGAAUCACUAUCCGCACACAGUUUGUAAGGUUCAUGAGCACUAUAGUGAGAUUCAAUGCAAACUACAUCAGCAUAUUCUAAGAUUUCUUUUUUUUUGAUGAAUUGAUAAAGUGAGGUCCACGUUCUAAUGGCAGAGUCUGAUCAGCAAUGGUAUUGCUAUCCUUGACUAUCAUUCAACAAAGCAGAUAGCGCUAUCUCUUUCUCGCUUUGCUCUGUUACCAGAUAGUCUUUCAACAAUGUAUAAUUAAUAAUCAACCAAUCAAAAAAAUAUUUCAUCUCAGUUAUGUAAUUCAUUAUAAAAUUAUUUCAAAGUAUAAUUAAUUGCUAAAUAAAAUAUAAUUGAUUAUUUUAAACGAGAAUGAACAGUUGAUUUACUACUACAUUAAUAAAUCUGUAUCAGCUACCGUCUAUAGAAGGCAUUGACAAGACAGAGAUUCGGCAAGAUUGUUCUCCUAUCUUUCUCCACUGCCAUUAUAACGUGGACCUCACUAUAGUAUACAGAUCGAAAACUUUGGAAAAUAUCACCAGUAACAAGUUGUUUUAGCGUGUUUGCAGCCUCAACUAUUCAUUCUUGUUUAAAAUGAUGAAUUAAAUUUUAUUCGUCAAUAAAAGAUAUUUUUAAAUGAUGGAUAACAAUAUUUCAUAAUUGAGAUGAAAUAUUUUUCAAUUAUUUUACUACUUCGUUAAAAAAACGAUCUGCUAACGUUGCGGAGCUAGAAAAAGAUAGCACUAUCUGCUUUGUCGAAGGAUAGACAACUAUCACAAAACCAAUGUUAAUGCCAUUAUAAUGUGGACCUGACUAUAGGACAAGGGCAUGACAUUUAUUAGAGUUGGCUGUGAUUUCAAUUAUCUUUCUUUUCUACUUAUAUUGUACUUCUAUCUAUUUUUCUAAGCUUCUUUACUCCUGGCUCUAAUUGUCAUAGUGAAACCAACGUUUAAAAAGUAGCAAACUGUUCAUGUUUCUGUUUACUUAUUUGUUACUUUUAUUCAUGAAGGUGAAAGGUAAACUAAUACUAUUUGGAUUCUUCACAAAUACAUCAGACGAUUGAAUACAUAAUUAUUUCAAAAGAAAUAACAUAAACGAGUACAAAAUAAGUUAAAUAAUGAGAAAUAGUGAAUAAGAAUCUUAGCGAUUCAGAUAGAUUAUUCGAGAAUGAUUAUACAGUUUAGUUUCAAAUCAUAAUCAAUUAGCGUAAAAAAUACUCAAAUUAUAAUACAUUAGCAAUAAAUCAGUGAUAAAAGUUUAGUAAACAAGUAAUUUACUACCUGUUUAAUAUGUAAAGUUUUAUCAUGUAUUUUAUUUUUGGCAAAUAUAAUAAAUUUAUUCAUA